GCUAAUAUACGCUAUGGGCAGCAGGUACGGUGGCACCCGACCAACGAGCUGAGAAAGUGAAUAUGGCGGACAUAUAUGUAGUAAGCGUAUGCGGAUUCCGCUGAGCCUUUAGACUUAUCGCGGUUGAACAACUUCGCGUCCUCUCCCUCUUCCUCGUAACCAAAAUGUGCCGCUGGUUUGCCUAUAUCUCACCCACGGAGCCGUGCCUCCUAGAAGAUGCCUUGGUUGCCCCCUCAAACUCCCUAGCGCGCCAAGUGCAUGACCACUAUCUACCGGGCCUCAUUGCGCACAACCCGGAUAAUCUUAAGGACUCCGACCAUCUCACCACCGCUCGCAACAGUUUAUACAACAUUGACGGCCUCGGCGUCGCGUGGUACACCUCGUCAAACGCCGACUUCGAGAAGCCCAAUGGCGAAUCAUGCGAUGGCGUUCUCCGAGAAGGCUUGUUCCCAGCCGUCUUCAAGACCGUCCAGCCACCGCUCAAUGACAUGAACUUCCGGUCCAUUUGCAGCAAUACCGAGACGAGGUGUCUCUUCGCACACAUCCGCGCGGCAUCUGCGAGUCCUAUCGUGGCGGUGAACAACCACCCUUUCAUCUUCGGUCGACAUGCCUUCAUGCAUAAUGGUGUCGUUACUAGCUUCACCGCUAUAAGGCGAGCAAUGUGCGCGGAGAUGGGCGACGCUGCGUUUGCGAGUAUUCAUGGCGGCACUGACUCCGAGCAUAUUGCGGGCUUGUACAUGACCUACCUUACAGCCGGUGGGGACGUAAACUCCUUUCAGCGAGAGUACGCUGCAGAUGAGAUGGCACAGGCUAUGCAUCGUGCCGUCGCCACCGUCAUCACGCUGCAAAAGAAGCUGCUGGGCGAGGAGGCAGCUCCCAACAGCCUCAACUUAUGCGCCACAGACGGUACGAAGCUUGUCGCAUACCGGUUCCGAAACCACGCCACCGAACAGCCGCCAUCGCUAUACUACUCAACCAAAGCAGGCACGACGUUGAACAGGAAGUAUCCGGAUCAUCCUGAUGGCAUCGAGAGCCCAAACCGCUAUGCCGGUCUGAAUGUAGAUGACCACGGCGACCACCUGAUUGUCGCGAGCGAGCCGAGCACGUACAAGGCGGAGGAUUGGGUGCUGAUUGGGAAGAACCAGUGCUUGGUGGCGGAGUCGGGAGGGAGGUUUGAGGUGAGGGAUGUGCCGUAUGAGAAGGCUUGGGAUGCUGAGGACCCGGCGGCCUGAGCAGAGGUGUAAGGAUCGGUGGAGUCCUCAUUUGAGGGCCUCCUAAUCUCCCUCAUACCGUCCUCUGCCCACAGCUGCGUUCUUACGCUCAAGGGUAGGAACG